AAUGUGAAAAUUAAAUAUUUUUAUCACGAUUUACAUACACUUAACACCUUAGGUGAAAUAUUAAACUCGUUAUCAUGAAGAUACCUUACGUAAUAUCGACGAACACCCGCGAGGCCUAUAUGACGUCCAAAACCAUGAAGAAUUCCGUAGGCGAGGGUGCCCGCAAAGUAAUCGCCGAAGACUUUGAAUGGGACGACGGCUUUACUCCUCCUCCUUUGACGUAUUUUGCUGCACUUGAACUUUCCAGGAUAUUUCACAGAAUAAACCCGCUGCACAGUGUUCUCCAGAAAGAUGUCGACAUGCUCAUGGAUUUGUUUCCCGCAAAUAUUCCUCUCCGAUGCAGCGUACCUCUUAUUAAGGAUGAACAAUACUGGAAAAGGUCUUUUUAUUUUAAAUUUCCAUCGCGAGUGGAAUUAGGAGUGACGUUUUGGAAAGGAAAAUUUUUAUCUGCCUGCCUCCAGGAUUACCUUGAAACAGCAAACCCGGAUGUAUUUUUAGAGGAUGAGGCCACGGAACUUGCAAUUCUAGUAAGCCCUUACAUAUACUUUUUGGGUAUAAACCAACUUCAAAUAGUGCAUCAGCCGACACCUGCGAUUCCAAAAGAAUCUGUCAUUGAAGAUACGUGUCCUUUUAGCGUAGAAAAGGUAUAUGACCACAUUCCACUCGAACCAGUGUUGGUCAGGCUCUACAAUCUAGAAGAAAUAUCUCUUGUUUUUGGAAUAAAUAAUCUCCAAGAUGGAUAUUUGACGCGAUAUUUUGAAUUCAGCCAAGCUGAUUGUGAAUCCCUAUGUAGAGGGCUGAAAGACUUGCGACACUUGAAAAUUUUUCGUAUCAAUCGUAGCAACUUAGAUUGCUUGAAAGUUAAGAUAAUCUUGCAAUAUCUCGUUGAAAAGGAGACUAUAGAAGAAUUAGAUUUUAAUCAUUGCAAGAUUGGCGAUUACGGGAUGAAUGCAUUGGGGGGUUUCAUUUCUAUUCACACUAAUGUCAAGCGAGUGCGAGUUGCCAAUAAUCGAUUCAAAUCAGUACAAGGCAUAGCUUACGCUCUGCAAAUGAAUCCCGCUGCGCCUAUCGAACUAUUGGAUUUCAGUUUGAACCCUAUGUCUAUUGAGUGCGCAACAAUGUUUGCAGCAGCAUUUGUGCGGUGCAAAGUGAAACCUCAAACACUAAUAAUAAAUUCUUGCGGUUUUUACGGAGUAUCUGCUCAAAAGAUGGCGGGUCUCCUUAGUCUCAAUCGCGGAUUAACAAGGUUAGACAUAGCUGCCAACGAUUUGUCUGGGGAAGCGGAAGCAACACUUAUUCGUGCCUUGGAGAAAAACAGAGUCCUACUGAGGUUGGAUUUGCGUAGAACAAAUAUAUCUGAUGCGACUCAGGCUCGGGUGAACGAGCUACUCCACCGCAACAAAAUGUUGUUGGGCGAAGAAAGAGAACCCAGCGAGGAAAUCCCGCCAUUGUACCUCGGCGAGCCAGAGUACCUCAUCUGGGAGUACAAUCCCAACAAUCCUGACUACAUACCUGGCCGUUAUCCAGAGCGUCUUCCAGAAGUGUGAAUCGUACUUACAUUUUGAUUGUCGCUUAUGGCUGAUAUCCGACCGGUGGUGAGAGGUGAGUAACGAUGAGCAGCUUUUAUUUUGCUAGCAUUUUUUAGUGUUCCGUACAAAACUUUGUUCACGGAACACUUAUUUUGUUUUAGUAAUAGUAGUCACCUGCGGCAGUAGCACGGUCGCAUUUUUAUCGCUUGUCAGCAUGACUGUCACGUUCUAACAAGUAUGUAAGUGCGAAAGUGACGAGCAUAGCGACAGGCGAUAAAAAUGGAACCAUGCUGCGCCUGCUGCAGUAGGUACCUAUUGUGAAUAGCGAGAAUGAAAAACAUAGCAUCGCUUUUAUUCGCACUUUUCCAGGGCAAGAAUACAGUCGAUCUCAUUCUCUUUCUCGCCACUGCCGGUUACAGCAGAGAGAGUAGAUCAGCAGUAGUACAUUUUAGAGCCCUUACAUUCGAGAAGAUUUCGCUGCAUUAGGGCUCGGUAAAUUUUAAAGCCUAAGCCGUCAAAGCUUAGUUACAAUUUGUAAGAAGGCUGCUUGGACGGUUUUAGCGCUUAAUGUUAGACCGACCCUAACUUAAAACACAAAGUUUUGCUUUUGAAUGGUUGACUUCCAGCGGUCGAGUGACGAAUUUUUGUUAUUUUUUUUUCCUUUAGCUCUAUU